AAUUCUUAAAAUGCAAAUUCAUAAGAUUCAGUCGUGAACUGGAAUUCCGCCCCUCAGAAGCAAACCGGUUGCUCGCUAUCUUGUGCAUUUGUUUAACUCUGAGUCUGGCAAGGAAAGACAACGAGGCGUUAAUUUUUUAACUUGUUUGUUGAGCAUUGAUUAUAGCUUAGGGAGUCUAUUAAGAUCAGAUACUUUUACAGCCAUAGAUAAAGCUUCAUUCUUGGCUUAUGCUUUCUUCAGUUCAGUCUCUGAGGAUGGCAGCUACCACAACCGGUGCAAGAUGGGUGACAUGUGCCAUGGAAGCCUGUAAGGCUGGUGCAGAAUCUGAUUCUCGCUUUGAUGGAGUGGUUUUAGUUUCUGAUUCUUUGAACAAUGCAUCAAGCCAUGUUGAACAUUUGCUCAAUCAAAGCAAAGUUGAUGCUGCUUUUGAAGAUGAGGGAGGUAUUGUGGCUACGUCUCAUCCCUCUGGAAGGACAGUUUAUGCCCCACUUGGUGCUCUCAAUAAAGAUUUCAGUGAUGUCAGAAGCUAUGGAGAAGCUGCUGAAAAAGGAAUCAAAAGGGCACUAUCAGCUGGAAUCAAGCGACCUUUGCUUUCGCUGCUUCCCGUUGCAAACAAUCCCAUGUAUAAGCAUGGAAAUCUAGUCAGUGUAUUGGGAGCGCUUCAAGCAUUAUACGUGCCUUUGGAAGUUCGAGAGUGUCUUCCCGAAAAAGCCCAUAAAGCUGAAAUGCUUGGUCUAGACUGUCCAGAUGCUGAGUCAGUUCAUAAACUUGCAUUGGCAUUGGAGAAUGGAAGAAUUGCUGGGAGGGAUAUUGGUGGAUCCGACCCGGAAAGAAUGGCUCCUCCCCGAGUGGAACAAUACGUCCGUGAACUGUUUGAUGGAAGUUCAGUUAAUGUAGAAGUGAUCUCUGAUCUCAAAACUAUUGAGAAAGAAUAUCCAUUAUUUGCUGCCGUUAACCGUUGCGCCAAUGAUGUCCCACGUCACGCUGGCCGAGUGAUCUAUCUACGAUACAAAGGAUCUGGACCUAUCGAGAAGACCAUCUAUUUGGUGGGUAAGGGUGUGACCUAUGAUACCGGUGGCUGUGAUAUCAAAGCUGGAGGCGUUAUGGCUGGUAUGCAUCGGGACAAGUGCGGCUCCGCUGCAGUCGCGGCCUUUAUGAAGGUUGUCGAUGAGUUGAAGCCCACCAAUGUCGAAGUGGUUGGAGCAAUGGCGAUGGUACGCAAUAGUGUUGGAUCAAAUGCCUAUGUUUCCGAUGAGAUUAUCACUUCAAGAGCUGGAGUUCGAGUUCGUGUAGGAAAUACUGAUGCUGAGGGAAGGAUGGCCAUGGCCGAUGUUCUAUGCAAGUUGAAAGAAGAAGCAGUGAAUGCAAUUAAUCCUCAACUAAUGACAAUUGCUACCCUCACUGGGCACGCUUACUUGACGGUUGGUGAACCGUACUCCAUCAUUUUAGAUAAUGGGCCUGCCGCUCGCCAGGAAGUAUCCAAGAAGGUUCAGGAGGCUGGAAACCUUCUAGGUGAUAUGUUCGAGAUCUCCACUAUUCGCAAAGAAGACUAUGCAUUCCAUAAGGGUAAAUCCGAGUAUGAGGAUGUCUUGCAAUGCAACAACUUGCCGUCAUCCCGCACUCCACGUGGCCACCAAGCUCCAGCUGCGUUCAUCAUCCUGGCAUCAGGACUAAACAAGCAUGGCAUCGAUGGAGCUGUGCCUCUUCCAUUUUCGCAUCUGGACAUUGCUGCAGCCUCAGGACCAUUCCCUGGAAUCCCGUCAUCUGCCCCUGUUCUUGCCCUUGCACGUUACUACCUACCGCAGUUUUUCUAACGUUUUGGACAUUAUUUUGAUUGCAAAUUUGUUUUUUCCCCCUUUACUGCGAUCGAAAUUAGUAGUCAUACUUGUUAUAUUCAAGUCUUUUUAAAAUGGGAAUGAUGAAGGGUGUAAACGAAGAGAUGAAAUGAAGUAAACCAAAUCUUCUCUAUUA